AUGGGGAAUUCUGUUGACAGCAGCUUAAAAUUGAAAUCACGUAGUUUGAUCGUGAAAGAAUCGAAGCUUGAUCGACGAAUGCUCAAUGCGCUCGAGCCGAGCACCAGCACACCCUCGGUGGUCCUACUGCUUACACUGAAAGCGAACAAGCUAAGGGACAAGGAUGUAUUCUCGAAAAGCGACCCAAUGUGUGUCGUUUCGCAGUUCGUUGGACGACUUACUGGCAACGGACAUUGGAAGGAGUGCGGUCGAACUGAACGACUUCAAAAUUCGCUUAAUCCAGAAUGGGCUACUCAAAUACGGAUAGAGUACUUCUUCGAGGAGAAGCAAAGCAUGAAGUUCGAAGUCUAUGACAUCGAUUCAAAAUCUACGGAAUUGUCUGCCCAUGAUUUCCUUGGUCGCAUGGAAUGUGAUCUCGCCGAAAUCGUCUCGAAUCGUCCAUUCAUCAGACCAUUAAGUGGAUUGAGAGGAACUUGCGGUGAGCUUACUAUUUGGAGCGAAGAGGUCGACGAAGGUUCUAAGGAGAAUGUUCUUUUUCAUUUGAGCGCCAGAAAGCUCGAUAAAAAGGAUUUUUUCGGAAAGUCUGACCCCUUUCUAAAUAUUUAUCGAGUGAACGAUGACGGAAGCCGCCUUUUGGUGUAUCGAACUGAGGCUAUAAUGAGGGAACUCAAUCCAACAUGGAAACCUUUCGAGGUAAACGUGAAGUCAUUGUGCGCUGGGGAUCGUAGCAGACCGUUUCUUGUGGAAUGCUUUGACUACGAUCGUGAUGGCGGUUUAAGUCACGACUUUAUCGGAAGCUGUGAAGUCUCCCUCAGUCAACUGCUAUCAAAUGCAGUAAAAUCGCUGCCGCUCAUAAGUGAAAAGAAAAAAGCAAAAAAAGGUGACAAGUACAAAAACUCUGGAACAUUGGAGUUUGAUGGUGUGCAAAUCCUCAAGCAACACACUUUCCUGGAUUUCAUUUCUGGAGGGACCCAACUAGACUUCGCCGUUGCCGUUGACUUCACUGCCUCGAAUGGUGCUGUGCACAAACCGACCUCUCUCCACUGUAUAAAUCCAUCCCAACCGAAUCAGUAUGAAAUAGCUAUUAGGGCUGUUAUUGACAUCUGUCAACAUUACAACAACAGCAAGCUGUUCGAUGCGUUCGGUUUCGGUGCGAUUUUACCUCCGGAAACGUGUGUUUCUCCAAUAUUUGCCUUAAACUUCGACGCAAAUCCAGCAGUCGUAGGACUACCAGGAGUGAUGGAAGUGUAUCGUUUCGCUUUAAAUCGCGUCAAGCUGUACGGUCCAACCAAUUUUGCACCAGUUAUUAAGGAGGUUGCGAAAAAGGCGGCAAAAUUUGCUCAUGACGGUGCCAGAUAUCAGGUGCUGUUGAUAAUCACUGACGGUGCCAUAUCUGACAUGGCUGCAACAAAAUCUGCAAUUAUUGCGGCUUCAUCUCUUCCACUUUCCAUCAUCAUAGUCGGUGUAGGUAACGACGAGUUUGAGAAUAUGAACGAAUUGGAUUCCGAUGACCGUAUGCUGUCGCAUGCGGGUCGCACAGCUCAGCGAGACAUAGUCCAGUUCGUUCCCCUGCGAAAUUUUCUCCAUCAAGGAUGUACGGGUGCUGAAAGUGAACGAGUGAUGGGUCUUCUAGCGAAGGAGGUGUUGGCUGAGAUUCCUCUUCAGUUAACGUCUUACAUGAAAAAGCGGAAUAUUGUUCCUCGUCCGGCUGAUAAUCCCUUUCCGAAAGAUUCUGAAGCAGUGUUCAAACCAAGUAUGCCUCCAGCCAUGCCAUAUCCUGCUGUGGCUCCUCAAUAUAGUGGCCAACAAGGUCCAUAUCCUGGACCACAACCUCUACCCGCACAGUAUCCAAUAAUUCAGAACGUGCCUUCACAGUAUCCCACAAUGCCUCAGUUACCUCAAGCAUCCGCAGGUUAUAUGAGUCAGGUCCCACCACAACCUCAACCCGUAUCAUAUCCGUAUCCGAUGCAACCAUUCCCGACCGCUCAGCAGCCGAUGCUAUAUCAACCCUAUCCGAACGAUCCUUCCACGUACGCUUUCGGUGGUGGCAUGACAUACCCGGCAUAUCCGGGGACGGCUGCUCCAGGAGGUUACGUGCCUCAACAAAUGCUCAUACAGCAAAGUGCUGCUCCAAGCGCUCCAACCGCUCCUCCAGUGGAUCUCAGCGACAUACAACCACAAAUGGAUGUUCCAGACAUGAGAAACUUAAAUCUUGGACACUGA